AUGCGCUUUUCCAGCAUCACCAUCAUUCUCCAAAGCGCAAGCAUCUUCUUCACAACUGUGGCUGGGGUCACUACCAAUCAAAUAGAUGAGCCAAGGAAAUCAUUUGUUUGUAAUGGAGUUACUAUUAAAUUCAAUAAAUUUGGUCAUCAACGCAGUUUAGUAGAAGAUGCAGCGAGCAAGUUUCAACCAGGGAGUUUGUACCAAAUAUAUACGUAUGAAUUGACUCAGGCACGCCAGAACGAGCAUACCUAUAGGACUCCUUUCGUGUAUGCAGAUAAUGAUACCACUAACUUAUCUUUUUACCUACUCGCCGAUUUGACAUCAUACGAAAACCAUCGUGCUUAUUUCAUCACAUUUGACUACUAUCUCGUGAUGGACGGCCGCUAUCGCGCUCAUGCUAUAUUACUUAAAAAAACACAGGAAAAUCGACCGGGCUAUUAUGAACAGAUGUCAGACCCAUCUUACGAGUUAUGCAAAGUUGGAUCGUUUCGCUGA